CUUCUGCCUUUUUUCCUUACUUUCCUCACCAUACUGACAACACCACUUAGCCAGCACGUCGAGUCUCCCCCCGUCAUGGCUGCUUUCUAAACGCUUCCUCUUCGCCCUCCAUUUUGUCCUCACCAGGCAAAAUAGAUCCCUUAAGCAACCCGCUUCAACCACCAUCUCCACUCUUCUAUCCUUCAGAGCCUCCUCGGUCUCUGAACUCAAGCAUCGCCUCCGAGCGUAACUUAAGUUCGCCUACAACGUUCGACCCACCGGUCAACACGGCUUCUCAAACUUCUUCAACAUGGCUCCCCUCACCAAGAACCCCAUCGGCUCAGCCGCAGCAUUCAUCAAGCGAGAACCAGAACCUGCUCCAAGGAGACUUCGUUCUCUACGACCAGCAGUCCCAACCGCAACAUCGACCGGCUCCCGCUCGGCCGCUGUCUGGUCUAGUGUUUAACGCAUCAACCGCCACUCAUCUCUACUCGAACUCUGCACCGUCAUCUACCGUUAGUUUUCCUCGUCCACAGAGCACUCGUCCGCCUGUUCCGCCGUUUUAUAGCACGGGAAACGUCCGCGCCUCGCAACGACCUGUCCGGAACACGAUGACUGAUUUUGCAGCCUCGUUUGACGGCCUAGACGCCGAUUUCGGCGCGGCUUUCGAUACUUCUGGCGAUUUCGGUUGGGACGCCGGCACAAGCUUUACUGCUGUGAACAACAGCAAUGGAACUGCAAGCGCUUCCACCGUCUCGCCAAAGGAUCUGUUCAACGAUUUCCUCGGUUCGGCGCCGCCUUCAACUGCAUUCACAAACCUGACAUCGCCGGAUAUCAAUGCAUCCCCCUACAUGGCAAGCAGCAACGAUGUAUCGCCGAUGUUCGCCAAUACCGACGAUAUCGGCACUGAUACCUCGUCCUGGUUCCCUCUGUUCCCAGAGAUGUCAGCUGAUUCGGCUCCCAAGUCAGCUGGUAAUGCACCGGCAAUGCAGCGCAAUGACAGUAAUGCUACCGAGGGCUCGUCAGGCGACUCUCCUCUGAUUUUGGACGAGCACAACUUCCGCCGCAAGCCUAGCAAUGCGAAUGGUACCUCUCCAGGUCACGGACGGCACUCGAGUAUCUCCGGCGUCAAGCCACGCCGAAGAAAGGCUCCUUUGCCGCCCAUCGCUGUCGACAGUAAUGACAAGGUUGCCCUGAAGCGAGCACGCAAUACCUUGGCUGCUCGAGAGAGCAGGCAGCGAAAGCUUGACCACUUGAACAGCCUUGAAGCUCGAAUCAAAGAGCUUGAAGAGCGUGAGGUUCAGUUCAAAGCGGUCUUGGCUGCGCAUGGCUACAACGGACCGCUUCUGCAGAUGUAAACUGGUCAUCCCCACAUUCGGCUGUUUUUUUGCACCAACACGCUACUGGUUGAUCCUCUCACUUCAAAUGCACGGUUGAACGGGAUGGUGAGGGGUUGCCGAGCCUCAGCGCAGGCUCCCCUCCGUCGACUCGUGAGGCUUGUCCGUCCUCACACCACAAGUUUUGUUUCCUUUAUUAUGCGAACGGGUUUGUUUCGGGUCUUUCGACCGUAGCAACUCGAUUCCUUUGAGAUAAAUUGUUUGAUUUAGGAAGGCUGCACCGGUUCUGAUGUCCAGCGCUUGAAGCGUGGUUGACUCGUGGUCAGUCAUCCGUACUUGAUCUUUUCUGGCCUACAUCUGCAAUCUUUUGAGAAAUUUCAUCUCCAUUCUUAUCCUUCUAGCAAUGGCCUGAAUUGCGGCUCGGAACAGUUGUAAGAGGGAGGGCAGGACUGUCUUAGGGAGAAGGAAGGGGCAAGACUGAAUGCUUUGAAAGGAGAUGAUUACCACUGUUUUAUGAUUGAGUUCAUCAAUGCCUCCGCCACGCCAAAGCUUAGUAGCUUUCGUGGUGUUGAGUUGCGACUUCGUCAAAUGAAUAUAGAUUGAUUUGCUUUGAUA